AUGCAGCAAAAACACAAUUCGCCGCCGUCUUCCGAGCUCCUCAGCCCCCAGCCUGCCGUGGCGGCUUUCCCCUCACGCCUGCGACCUGCAUAUCCGGGUAACUACCAUGCCCAGGCACCGUCCAACAAGGUGGCUCUAUCUCAAUCGGGCGCCAUCGCAAAUGCGCCUGGUAACGUGCUAGUUAUUCCGAGCCGGCCGAGGAAAAUCAUCAAUCGCGCAAUGGUCGCAAAGGCCUCCGGCGCUGAAACCGGGGCUGUUGCGGGAGCGUUCCAAGACAACACACAGCGAUUUCUCGUAGCAGCCAUGUAG